CGGGGGCGGAGCCGCAGCCUGCCGCGCUGAACCCUGGCGGUCGAAGCGUGAGAACCGGAGGCUGAGAUAGAGGGGCAGCAGCAUCAUCUGGGCUAGCUUAGAAACUCACACAAGUACCAUCCUCCAGAACACCACCAUCUCACACGCUCCCUUAGAAAAGAGUCAGAACCUUUAAAGAAAAAGAGUUUUUUUUGUCAUUUUAGUUUUUAAUUUAGCAAAAAAGAUCAAAUACAUGCGAGGAUGCAGUCUGCCAGCGAGGACGUGUUGCAAUCAGACAAGAAAUUAUUGGAGGAUCUUUCGGGAAGUGGUAGAGCCAUCGGCGUCCUGACCAGCGGAGGAGAUGCGCAAGGUAUGAAUGCUGCUGUCCGUGCUGUGGUGCGUAUGGGAAUUUAUGUCGGAGCCAAAGUCUAUUUCAUCCAUGAGGGUUACCAGGGUAUGGUGGAUGGUGGAAAAUAUAUUGUCGAAGCAAACUGGCAAGAUGUCUCCAGUAUCUUGCAAGUGGGUGGGACAGUUAUUGGAAGUGCACGCUGUAAAGAAUUUCGUACCCGUGAGGGGCGUCUCCGGGCUGCCAACAAUCUCAUCCAACACGGCAUAACAAACCUCUGUGUGAUUGGCGGAGACGGUAGCUUAACUGGUGCAAAUCUCUUUCGUGAAGAAUGGCAAGGCCUACUGCAGGAACUCAUCCAACAAGGUAAAAUUGACCAUGCGUCAGCUCAGAAGUACAGCCACUUAAACAUUGUAGGCAUGGUUGGAUCUAUCGACAAUGAUUUCUGUGGAACAGACAUGACCAUCGGUACAGAUUCUGCUUUGCACCGCAUUAUUGAAGUGGUGGAUGCCAUCAUGACCACUGCUCAGAGCCAUCAGAGGACAUUUGUGCUGGAAGUAAUGGGGAGACAUUGCGGAUACCUAGCUCUAGUAAGUGCCUUGGCUUGUGGUGCAGAUUGGGUUUUCAUCCCUGAAAGCCCUCCAGCAGACGGCUGGGAAGAUCAGAUGUGCCAGAAACUCUCAGAGAAUCGUGCCCAAAAGAAAAGGCUGAAUAUCAUAAUUAUAUCGGAAGGGGCAAUAGAUUGUUACAACAAACCUAUAACCUCUGACUUGAUUAAGGAUCUUGUAGUCAAACGACUGGGAUUUGACACACGUGUAACCAUCUUAGGGCAUGUCCAGAGAGGUGGUACGCCAUCUGCAUUUGAUCGAAUCCUGGCCAGCAGAAUGGGAGUAGAAGCUGUAGUUGCCUUGCUAGAAGCUUCACCAGAGACACCAGCUUGUGUUGUUUCACUGUCAGGGAAUCAAGCCAUCCGAGUUCCGCUAAUGGAGUGUGUACAGAUGACACAAGAAGUCCAAAAAGCCAUGGAUGAAGGAAGGUUUGAUGCAGCAGUGAAACUGCGAGGCAGGAGUUUUGAGAACAAUUUAAGGAUUUAUAAGUUGUUGGUACACAAGAAACCGGAUAAGGAGCUGACUCGCAGCAAAUUCAACGUGGCAGUCCUUAACGUGGGUGCCCCAGCAGCUGGCAUGAAUGCAGCUGUUCGCUCUGCUGUGAGAACUGGCAUCUCUCAAGGUCACACAAUGCUUGCAGUUUCUGAUGGAUUUGAGGGUUUUAUAAAGGGACAGAUCAAAGAAAUUAAGUGGGGUGAUGUCGGAGGCUGGACAGGUCAAGGUGGUUCCCUUUUGGGUACUAAACGUACUCUUCCCGCAAAGAAUGCAGAAGCCAUCGCUGAGCAAAUACGUUUACAUAAUAUCAGUGCUCUUCUGCUUAUUGGUGGUUUUGAGGCAUACCUGGGACUUUUGGAGCUGUCAGCUGCACGUGCCAAGUAUGAUGAGUUCUGUAUCCCCAUGGUUAUGGUUCCUGCCACUGUCUCCAACAAUGUACCUGGUUCAGACUUCAGCAUUGGUGCAGACACUGCCCUGAACGCUAUAACUGAUACGUGUGAUCGUAUCAAGCAGUCAGCGAGUGGAACAAAACGUCGAGUAUUCAUUAUUGAGACAAUGGGAGGUUACUGUGGCUACCUAGCAAGCAUGAGUGGCCUUUCUGCUGGCGCUGAUGUUGCCUACAUCUUUGAGGAGAAAUUUGACAUACGAGAGUUGCAGUCUAAUGUUGAACACUUAACACAAAAGAUGAAAACCAAUAUCCAGCGGGGUUUGGUGCUCAGAAAUGAAAAUUGUAGUGAAAAUUACACCACAGAUUUCAUCUACCAGUUGUACAGCGAAGAAGGAAAAGGGGUGUUUGACUGCCGGAAGAAUGUCCUGGGUCAUAUGCAGCAGGGUGGAUCUCCAUCUCCAUUUGAUAGAAACUUUGGAACUAAGAUUUCUGCCAAAGCCAUGCAAUGGAUCACAAAUAAACUAACAGAAACCUACAGACAAGGUCGAGUAUUUGCAAACAGUGAAGAUACUGCCUGCGUACUGGGCAUGCGAAGACGGACCCUGGUGUUCCAGCCUGUAUUAGAGCUGCAGGAUGAGACUGAUUUUAAGCAUCGAAUUCCAAAUGAGCAGUGGUGGCUGAAACUCCGUCCACUGAUGAAGAUUCUAGCCAAAUACAAGGCCAGCUUUGACGUGUCAGAUGCUGGGCAAAUGGAGCAUGUCAAUCGUCGCCUUACACAAGAUUCUCACCACCUGAUUGCUAUUUAAAAUCGAGUCAGAAAGACCCAACAGAGAUGCAUCUGCCUCAAGCAGUCUAAGAGCCACUAAUUUAUAAGGUUCAGCAGAGAAUAAUUGUGACUUCCAGUUUGUUCUGUACCAGUUAAGUGUAUUGUACCAUCAUUUUAUGUUACAAUAAAAGCAGCCAUCCUGUAACUUCCCUAUGCACUUGUUCUAGCUAUUCCCCAGUUAUCAGCAGGUUUACCAAUACUGUCAAUCCACACAAAAUAGAUCAUCUUUCUUGCAUGGAGAAAAAAAACAUAAAACAUAAUAUUGCUUUUCAUUGCACAGCAUUUCUAUAUUUAUUGUGUAGAUCACCUGUAGAAGACAGUAUAAUUUUGUGAAAAAAAUGAGGAUAUAUUUAUGUGACAGAUGCAAUGAAUGUGGUGUAGUGAAGUGAAUAUAUUGUUUAUUUUCCUCCAGCUUCAAAUAAAAUUGCUAUGGCUGGUCCUACAGAAAA